AUGCCAUCAAAUGUUUUGGAGUGGGGCAGGAGAAGAGGAGUCUUAACAGUUUUAGAUUUAAAUCUAGGUUUUUGCCUGUUACAACUGAUUGAUACGUCCUUUUCAUGUAUAGAAAUAUGUGAUUGUUCGGAUUUCGGAUAUUUGUUACUUAAAAUAAACCGUCGUUUUGUGAGUAUAUGCAGUUUCCAGCUUCAUGAACUUCGAACGCAGUUAACCCCUUUCGCGUCAUUUUCACUGUUAGAUGCAAGUCAAGAUAUCACUGAAACCGGAUCGUUCAUCGGCGAAUUCAGUUUUACUCUGCUUUAG